CGCCUUCCCCCACUCAAUUAGCAGCCUCCUUCAUCACCCACCUUCCCCUCGCCACUCUAAUCACUCGUCACACGAUCAAAAUCCAAGAACCAGAGGAGAGGUGGUUCUGGGAGCUCCGAUCGUCGUCCACAUGGAGAAGUGCAGGUCGGUGCCGCACGAGCACUCGUCGGCGUACUACGGCUGCGGCGGCGGGUACGACUACGAGGACGGCGGCGGCGGCGGCGGCGGCGGCGGCGGCGGGCAGGGCAAGUCGUACAGCUUCAACGGGCCGACCGCCCGCGACGACCCGGAGGCGAAGCGCAGGCGGCGGGUGGCGGCGUACAACGUCUUCGCCACGCAGGGCCGGAUCAAGACCACCGUCCGCAGCAGCGUCAAGUGGCUCAAGUCCAAGUUCUCCGACAUCCGCUACGGUGGCCUCUGAAACCUCCCCUCCUGCAAAUCAGUAGUAACCCUACACCGUAUCCGUAUACUAUGAUGAAUUCAUGAUCAUACGCGUCUGCACGCGGAAGCUGUAUGCAUGGAGUAGUUGCUGCAUAUAUGGAGGUACUGUGUACAUGCUAUGUUUGUAUAGGCAUGAACUGUGUAUGUGUGCCGUCUCAGGUCACUGUGUGCCUCUGCUUUUCUAGACUGGUCUGCUCUGUGUUCUGGGUCUGCAAAGAAAUGGUGGUUGUACUCUGCUUGAAUGUUAAAUCUGGAGAUCAAGUUGUAUCAUGCUCUUGUCUU